AUGGAUGAAUUUGAUAAAGUGACGACUCCUGUGACGACACCCACAGAUUUUGAUGAGGGUAUUAUAUUUGAAUACGUCCCGAGAAGACGAAAGAGUAAAAAGGGAAAAACUAAUCGUUCGAAUAUCAACAAAAAAUAUCACAAUGACACAAACAAACCGGAUUUUAAUCAGUCUAACGAAGAUUCCGAAGCUGUAUUCACAAACUGCGUCGAAUCUGAAACCAUCCAAGAUGAAGAUGUAAACUACCGUUCGAUAAACAGCGAUAUCAAUGAUAAUGACAAUGAAAGGAUUAGUUGGGAUAGUCAAUUAAGCGCUCCACCGGAAACGAUAGAAGCAUCAGAAUCUGCAGUAAAUUUACCUAAAGAAAAAAGCAAAUUAAUUGAUGAAAACAUACCAUUUCAAUUGCCAGAAGAGAAUAAUAUGUUCAAUUCGAGGCCAUUACCAAAAGGCUCGAAUACAUAUGAAUUGGAAAAUUUUCAGAGAAACGCUUUAUUUAUUUUUAAACAACAGACAAUAAGUGGUUUUAAACCUAACGCGAGCAUCGAAAAAGACGAAUUGGAGCUUAAGAUGACACUUUCGAAAUUCGGUUUCGAACCUUUUGUAGAAGACGAUCUUACAAAGGAGGAGUUAAUGAACAAAUUACGAGAAUACAGCGACCAAGAUUUCACAGACUAUGGAUGUGUUGUUGUGGCCAUAUUGACAUAUGGCUCUAAGCAUGGCCUCAUUUGGGCCAAAGACGAGAUAUACAGUGAACUGGAACUUAUUCAAUAUUUUAAGGUUGACAAAAGGCCCACGCUAGUUACUAAGCCCAAAAUAUUUAUAAUUCAGGCUUGUGUAGGUGAGGUUGAAGAAAUACCUUACACCUUUAUGUCAGCGACCGCGAGAGGAGACAUUCGAAAAGAUAUUGACGAAGUUAUUGAGCCAUAUACUUUGCCAGCAGAAUCCGAUAUGCUAAUAUUACAUAACUCAAAUCCCGGAAAGCAUCCAUAUGGGUCUGGUAGUUACGGAUCCUGGUUCAUCCAAACUCUUUGUUACAAGAUUAAUCAGCUAGCGGGAACUGAUGAUUUUGAAGCUAUAUUGAGGGAAGUUAAGCGAGAAGUUGCGCACGUAGAUAAUAAUGAAAUUUACUCAAAUAUUAACAAGGAUCAGCUCAAGAUGCCAGUGACGACCUCUACUUUAAUCAGAAAACUAUAUCUGAGAAGUUUCGAGGAGCAACCGUCAGUUUCUAUGAGCAAACCCCAUUAUGAUGACGGUGCUAUUAAACCUUCUCCUGUGGUGGAAGAUAGCGUGAUAGACAGUGUAUCAUUUAAAACUAGGGUAUUAUGUUCAUGUAUUCUGGAUCAUUUCGAAUACAUGAAGGAAUGUUUGAAGUUCUACUUAGAGGAUCAUCCUACGGACAUCAUAGCCCAAUCGUUUCAUGAAGUAGCUGCUACCCUGAAAGAGGGACCCGAGUUCAAUUAUACGAAAGAGAGGAUGCUGCAUGCUAUUUCAAACUACCUAAGCGCGGAUAGAGAUGAUGGCUACCAAUUGAAAUAUCUGCGUGUUUAUAACAAGGGACUUUCUUAG